UCUUAUCUUCUCUGAUUUAGCAGCUGCGAAGAGAGACGCACAACAAAGAUGGUUUCGCUCAAGCUUCAAAAACGUCUGGCAGCCAGCGUCCUCAAGUGCGGCAGAGGGAAGGUCUGGCUCGAUCCAAAUGAAGUCAAUGAAAUCUCCAUGGCCAACUCUCGCCAGAACAUCAGGAAGCUGGUCAAGGAUGGUUUCAUCAUCAGAAAGCCAACCAAGAUUCACUCUCGUUCUCGUGCAAGACGCAUGAAGGAAGCUAAGAGGAAGGGCCGCCACUCUGGAUAUGGUAAGCGUAAGGGUACAAGAGAAGCUAGGCUGCCAACUAAAAUACUGUGGAUGAGGAGGAUGCGUGUUCUCAGGCGCUUGCUCCGCAAGUACCGGGAAGCAAAGAAGAUUGACAAACACAUGUAUCAUGACAUGUACAUGAAGGUGAAGGGUAAUGUCUUCAAGAAUAAGAGAGUUUUGAUGGAGAGUAUCCAUAAGACUAAGGCUGAGAAGGCAAGAGAAAAGACUUUGUCUGACCAGUUUGAGGCUAAAAGGGCAAAGAAUAAGGCAAGCAGGGAAAGAAAAUUUGCCAGGAGGGAGGAACGACUAGCCCAGGGACCUGGAGGAGGAGAUAAGCCAACAACAGCACCACCUGCUGCUUCUACUGAAGUAUCAAAAAAGUCUAAGAAGUAAGACUGCUAACAAAGCAUUGAAGGAUAAAUCUAUAGAUAGCAUGUGUACUCAGUUACUGUGGCAGAGUAGUUUUGUUGAAGCUAUGUUUUUUUUGGUUUCUUUUGAACCUUGUUACUUAAAUAUGGUAGUUGAAAGCAGAUUUCUUGGUAUUUGCUUAAUUUGUACGUUAUGUUUCUUGACCGGUUUUAUUAAUUUUUCUUGGCUUAUUAUAUCAGUUAUGAUGUUUAUGUGGUGAA